ACUCGAGCUGUCCUGGACUUUCCUCUGCCACCAAACAUCUGAUUUCCUCUCUUUGCUUCCACCCGAUGCUUCCACUUCAUGUAGUCGUUCUCUUCAUGUUGCGCCAGUCUUAGUGUUUUUCACCAUUCCCUCGCUAACAUGUUAUUUGUAAACAGGCUGUUUUUCUUGCUUUUACUUCGCGUGGCUCCUACCGUGGCUGCUGAACAGGUGACAACAGCCACAGUGUACUGGGACCCGGACCACAAGCUUGUCCUGCUAAAGGAGGGAGUGAUGGAGACAGCCGGGGAUGCCUAUGGCUACUUGAACAACACCCUGUCCACCACAGGCUGGAGUGUCCUCGAGAUCCGUGCUGGACAUGGAAAGACUCCUGAAACGGAUGAGGUCACUUUCUUCCUGGCUGGUUACCUAGAAGGAUUCCUCACUGCUCAGCAGAUGAUGGAUCACUACACCAACAUGUAUCCACAGCUGAUCAGCGAUCCAAAGAUCCUCGGUUCAGUUAAGACGUUCAUGGCGAAGCAGGACUCGUGGGUCCGAGAGCAGGUGAAGCUGAACAAGAGCGCUGAUCCUCUCUGGAAGCACGCGGGCUUCGUUGUGGCCCAGAUGGACGGGCUGCAGGCAGGAGUGGCCGAGUGGGCCAAGAGGCACGGGAAGAAGCCGUUGUCGCUGUUUGACGUCCAGUUCCUGAACGCAGUAGGAGACCUGCUGGACCUGAUCCCAGCCUUAGUUCCUGGCUCCAACGCUCCCAUCAGGGACUUCAGACUUCCAGGAAUGGGGCACUGCUCUGCCCUCAUUAAGAUGCUUCCAGGCUAUGAGAACCUCCUGUUUGCCCACUCCAGCUGGUACACGUACGCUGCCACCAUGCGCAUCUACAAGCACUGGGAUUUCCUUAUCUCUGACCCCAACACAGCCACUGGGAAACUGUCCUUCAGCAGCUACCCUGGUUUCUUGGUUUCUCUGGAUGACUUUUACCUCCUGGGCAGCGGUUUGAUGAUGACCCAAACCACCAACAAUGUCUUCAACUCCUCCUUGUUUGAUAAAAUCACCCCAAACAGCCUGCUGGCGUGGCAGAGGGUCAGGCUGGCUCACAGUUUGGCUCAUUCAGGAGAGGAAUGGGCCAGAACCUUCUCCAUGCACAACUCUGGCACCUACAACAACCAGUACAUGGUCCUGGACAGGAGCAAAGUGAAGUUGGGCCACAGCAUUGAUGACGGCGCUCUGACCGUAGUGGAGCAGAUCCCUGGUUUGGUGGAGUACUCUGACCAGUCACAGGCUCUAAGGAGAGGAUACUGGCCAUCCUAUAAUAUUCCCUUCCACCGGAGAAUCUAUGUGAUGAGCGGUUAUGGAGAAAUGUUGAAGGAGUACGGCGACGACUUCUCCUACGAUCUCUGUCCCAGAGCUAAGAUCUUCCGCCGUGACCAGGCCAGUGUGAAGGAUCUGGACUCUUUAAAAUACAUCAUGAGAUUCAACGACUACAAGAACGACCCGUACUCUGAGGGAAACCCAUGCAAAACUAUCUGUUGCCGUAACGACCUGAAAGCAGAGAAGCCUUCACCUGGAGGUUGCUACGACACCAAGGUGACAGAUUUCAACAUGGCGGGGGAUUUUGUUGCAGAGGCGAUCAACGGCCCGACGACGCAGGGCGAACUCCCGCCUUUCGUCUGGGAUAAAUUCAGCAGCAUCAGCCACCAGGGCCUCCCACAGUUCUACAACUUCACGUUUGUCCCGAUGAAGCCUCUUCUCUUCGAACCGUGACGUGUGUUCGAACUAAAGCUUCAGACAGAUUUUAAAUCUGGUUUUCUGCACGUAUUUCUCUCGGGAUGAUGAGUGCAGGAUGCAGGAUGAAUUUUCUUCCACUGGUGCCUUGAACACUGACAGUAUCUAUAAUUUUAUCAAAUCAGUGCACUAAAUCUCCUUUGAUGUUUUUUAAAACGCUUGAAUAUCGUUAUAGAUGCAAACGCUGUCAUUAUAAUCAUAAAUGCAGCAGAUUGGUGCCGAUGCUCUCAUGAUUUAUUCUGACGAAGUCCCGUCCAGCAUCUCAGGUUUAUAUAUUUCUCUGAUCUUGUGGAUAUUUCUGUGUACGUGUGUUGUGCCAUCAUUUCAUCUGAUGUUUAUGAGAUCAGGAAAGCUAAACUAAAAUACAAGGACAAAAUAGAAGAAAUGUAUAGCGGUGGUGACCUUAAGGCAGCCUGGAAGGGUAUCAAAUGUAUGGCUUCUUGUAAUCACCAAAAAGAGGAUAAGAAACUUAUCAAUGUAAAAGGAGUGCCUGACUCUGUCCUGCCAGAUGUUUUUUAUUCAUUUUUUAGUCGGUUUGAGAGGGGGGACCUUAUUGGAAAGGUUGGGGUCUGCAAGGAAGACCUCAAACCUAGUGAGGGAUUUGUAAUUUCACUAGACCAGGUCACCAUCUUACUUAAAAAGGUAAAGGUGGGGAAAGCAAGGGGCCCCGACGCCAUCUGUGGGCGUACCCUGCAUCACUGUGCCAACCAGUUGAGUAGUGUUUUUAGCAGAUUGUUUCAAACAUGUGUGGAUGUGGGUCAGAUUCCAUCUUUGUGGAAAACUUCGACUAUAAUCCCAAUCCCUAAAUCAAGUACUUCAAAGGAACUGUCUGACUUUAGACCAGUAGCUCUCACAUCACUUGUGAUGAAAACUUUUGAAAAAAUUCUAAAAUCCGAAAUUUUAUCUCUGACAGAGGGGAGACUUGACCCACUUCAAUUUGCCUACCAGCAAAAUAAGGGGGUAGAAGAUGCAGUGCUUUGUGUAUUGAACACGGUCUACAGGCACCUUGAUAAAACGGGGACUUGUGUAAGGCUCUUGUUUGCAGACUUUUCUUCAGCCUUUAACAAGAUGCAGCCCCACAUCCUGAUUGAAAGACUUGCCAAUGUUUUUAAUUUGCCCGAUCAGCUUCUCUUACUGAUUUUGAACUUUCUUACGGGGAGGACCCAGCGGGUGUUGGUUAAUGGUCAGAUUUCUCUCCCAUUAAUGUCCAGCACCGGAUCUCCUCAGGGAUGCGUUCUGUCCCCCCUGUUGUUUAUCCUGUACACAGACAGCUGCAGGGUCACUCAGAACAACAGGUUCUUGGUUAAGUUUUCGGACGACACUGUUUUGAUGUCCUUACUUUCGGGAUCUGAAAUAAACCAUGGUCCCGCGCUGUCAGAUUUUGUAGAAUGGUGUGACAGUAACUACCUGGACCUGAACGUCAAAAAAACCAAGGAUAUGAUUAUUGAUUUUAGACGCUCCGCACCACCCUACCUUGGUAGUAGCAUCAUCCACGGUGAAGUGGUGGAGGUGGUUGAAGAGUACAGAUACCUUGGUUCUUGGAUUGACAACAAGCUGCGGUUUGUCACAAACACGGACUCCAUUUUUAAACGAGCUCAGCAGAGAAUCUAUCUUUUAAGGAAAUUGAACUAUUUUAACGUGAAUAAAAGGAUUCUCUGCAACUUUUAUAGCUGUUUUAUAGAAAGCAUUUUAACAUUUUCAUUUGUUUGUUGGUACAAAGCCUUGUCCAUGAAGGACAAAAAGAAGCUGCAGAGCAUUGUAAAAAUCUGCUCCAAAAUUAUUGGCGCCAAACAAAGAGACUUACAGUCUCUUUGGGAGGAGAGGGCGCGAAAAAAGGCUAAAUGUAUCCUUGGUCAGCCCCUCCAUGCUCUGCACUCUGAGUUCUCUCUUAUGCCCUCAGGACGUCGUUAUUAUGUACCUUCUCGAAAAACAAACCGCUUUGCCAACUCCUUUGUUCCAUCAGCUAUUGAACUGCUUAACUCUGAGCCGGGAGGGGUGGCGAAAUAACAGCGAAGUAUCAUCGGCUUUAAGCAUGUGCCAUUUUUGGAGGGCUGCUGCUCAUCCUCUACCCUUCAUUUAGGAUGUGUUCGGCAUGUUGGUAGUGACACACAUUGUGUGAUUGUAUAAAUGGAUUGUUUGCUUGGCUGUUUUUAUGAGCGAGUUAUUCUGUGUGGUAAGCUACAAAUUAAUUGCCCCAUGGGGACCAAUAAAGUUUUCUGAUUCUGA